AUGAACGUCCCCUCCAUCCUAUACACCGGCGCCUUCGCCUUGCUUGUCUACUUCAUCUUCAAACACACCCAACAGCGCAGCAAAGGCCCAUUACCACCAGGUCCCAAAGGUCUACCCCUUCUUGGCAACAUUCUCGAUCUUCCUCCUUCAGGGACAGUCGAGUGGAAACAUUGGCAGAAACAUGGCGACAAGUAUGGCCCGAUUUCUUCCGUAUCAGUACUGGGCCAGCUGUUUGUGAUUCUGCAUGAAAAACAGGCUGUCGUGGACCUCCUGGAGACCCGUGCAAUGAAAAGCUCAUCGAGACCCAAGUUGACCUUCGCAGGUGAUGUAGUCGGAUACGAUAGUAUCAUGGGCAUGAUGCCCUACGAUCGCACCUUCCGUUUACAUCGAAAGCUCACAGCGACGCAAGUCAGCAGCAAGUCUAUUGGUCGAUUCGAGCCCAUCCAGGAAGUCGAGAUCCUACGACUACUGAGGCGCAUCUAUCAAGACACAGAUAGCAAGAACUUACCUGAGCAUCUAAACCAGGUUUCUGGCUCUAUCAUGCUCCGCAUCCUUUACAACUACGAAACCGACCCCAGCAAGAAUGACCGCAUCGUCUCCAUGGCCAACACGGUAAUGGAAGAGUUCUCUCACUCUACCAGUCCAGGCGCGUGGAUGGUUGACUUGGUCCCUUGGCUUAAGCACCUCCCCGAGUGGAUGCCUGGGGCAGGCUUCAAGAAGACAGCCAGAGUCUACCGAGAACAUUUACUGCAAAACGUCAAAGAUCCCUAUGACUAUGUCAGAGAUCAGAUGGCGCGCGGCAACGAUGAUGUCUCGUACGUCGCUGGCUUGGUCCAAGAUAUCCACCGCAAGAUUGACCCUGAAGAGGAGAGCGUGAUUCAAUGGACCGCUGCUUCUAUGAUGAACGCCGGCACAGACACAACUGGUGCGACGCUACUAUCCUUUUUCGCAGCUAUGGUCAUCUACCCCGACGUCCAGAAGCGAGCCCAAGAAGAAAUAGACCGUGUUGUGGGAGACUCUCGUCUUCCUUCUUUUUCCGACAAAGCGAAUCUUCCCUACAUCAACGCCAUCAUCCAGGAAGCGCUUCGCUGGCAUACCCUCGCACCUAUGGGCUUCCCGCACAUGACGACUGAGGACGACAUUUACAACGGCUUCUUCAUCCCUAAAAACACUCUUUUAUUCCCAGCAGUAUCAUCUAUCACGCACGAUCCCGAAGUUUACCACGACCCGAUGGCGUUCAAACCUGAGAGGUACUCCACGCCGUAUAACGAACCUUUGCCGUCGGAUGUAGUGUUUGGAUUCGGGCGUAGGGCAUGUCCCGGGAAGUGGAUUGCUGAGCAAACAAUGUUCUUGGCUAUCGCGCAAAUGCUAGCUGUUUUCACAAUUGGAAAGGCGGUUGACGAAGAAGGGAAGGAGAUUGAUGUUGUGUAUGAGCAACUGCCGGGUGUCAUCGCUAGGGUGAAGCCCUUUCCGCAGAGAAUCAUGCUGAGGAAUGAGGCUUAUGGACGUUUCGUCAGGUAG